AUGCACCAGACGGAUGCGCGAAACCUAGCGCUAAACCUGAAGUGUGGCUUCGAAUAUCUGACAAAGCUUUUCAUUGGCGUGGGCUACGCUGAUGAUACUGCCAUGUUCGAAACCACCGGUGAAAGCCUUGGCUCUUGGGCGAAAAUGGCCUGUACAACUGAAGGGCUUCGCCUGAACGAACUUGGCGCCGUGAAUCGUUUCGGCCAGACUCGGUGCCUCUUUGGCCUUACCCAAAAAUGGCCUCAUGCAAGAACGAGCGUGACGUUGGUUCGAUCAGAAUAG